AUUAACGUGAGGUCAAACUUACGCGUGCGUAAAGGAGGCGACGUAGUGACGUCCUCUUUCCACCGUUGACCUCAGUCCCAUCAUCCACCGCGCUCCUCCACAUUAGCAUCACUGCAAGUGUCGAUCUCUCAAGAUGGCACUCCACCGGUUGUUCCAGCUGUCCUCCGUGCUGCGCUCGGCCGUGAGCCUGACCCUGCGCAGGAACAUCGGCAUCUCCGCCGUCCUCCUCCAGAGGGCCAAGGAGCUCGACCCCGUCCAGAAACUGUUCCUGGACAAGAUCCGCGACUACAACGCCAAGAGCAAGACUGCAGGCGGCAUCGUGGACGCAGGACCCGCUUACCAGAAGAACGUGUCCGAAGAGGUCACCAAGCUGCAGAGGCUAUAUGGAGGAGGGGACAUGACCAAGUUCCCUGAUUUCAAAUUCACAGAACCCAAGCUGGACGAAGGAGCCAAGUGAAUGCUGCCCAUGUUGUAAAUCUCCUGCAUGUCACCAAUAUGUUGUAUUUAAUAAAAAGAUGGUGGAUUGAACCAUGA